UUUGCUCCGCCUUCGCCCGGACUCUCCUUUCCUCUCGCAGAGCCAGGAGCCGAGGCAGGCAGCAGUUUUCCUUGGCUGCGGGAGAAACCGGGGAGCUGGAGCCCUCCUUGGGAAGAAGAUGAGAAGGGCGCCGGGAGGGAGGACCCCACGCCUCUGAUUUUCCCCAAGGGAAAGGAAGGAAGCAAGCAGGCGGGCCGCCACCGCCUGGGCUGCCGUCUGAAGGCGAUGUCCGGACCCGAAGCUCACGGCCACAGCCGGCGGCUGCCCUCUGACAUGGAAAAUGGGCAGCGGGGACUCGAUGCAGAGCAGCUGCAGCAACAACAGCUCAAACUCCGCGAGAGGCAGAGAUUCUUCGAGGAGGUUUUCCAGCAUGAUGUUGAUUUCUUCUUCCCAGUAUCCCACCUGCAGAUAGAACACAGGAGACCUCCCUUGGGCAGCAUAUCUUCCAUGGAGGUGAAUGUGGACAUGCUGGAACAGAUGGACAUGAUGGACCUCUCUGACCAAGACACUGUGGAUGUGUUCCUCGGCUGUGGGACAGAGGAUAACAACAACGUAGCCACUCUUUUGCCAGAUUCCAACCAUUACCAAGAGGAGAUUUCUCUGCAAGUGCCCAACACCGGUGAGGUCAAAUCCAGGAUCUCGUCCACAUCCUCAGCCUCCACAGACCUGAACAGCCUGGAUACUAGUGAGGAGGGGGCUGAGACCCCCGUGGUACAAUCGGACGAAGAGGAGCUACAGCACGAUGGCCCUGAAGAACAGGAGACCAAAAGCUAGCAGGGUAAAGGGGUGUAGUUCUUUGGCCAUGCUCUGCAUCCAACCCACCGCAUGGACCCUGCCAGCAUGAGAAUCACGAUGGAAAAUGACUGGCUGGCUGGCUCUUUGACUCCCACUGAGUAAACCUCACCAAAGUUCCCUAUAUCCCAUUGGUCCUAGUGGGGGAGGAUUAGAGAGUAACCCUCUCUUCUGCAGGAUGGUCAAUGCCUGGAGAAAGCAAGAAGGGGGAGAACAGGGUGAAGUAUGGGGACUGUAAAACAAAUUAUCUCUAUCACACACAAAUCUAACUCUCCAGACUUUCAUGGCUAACCACCUGCUUCACUCACUUUGACUCCUCAAAUUGCCUGAGGGCCCAGCUGUAACUAUUUCAUGCAAUACCUUCAUCCAAACUUGCAUUCUCUUGAAUCCCAAAACACAUACAUACAUACAUACAUACAUACAUACAUACAUGACAAAUGUUUAACUGUAACAUAAUAGAUAAUUAUAUUCCUUUCCAAAACAAGAAA